GCCUGUUGAACAGUUUCUUUUAUCUCUGCACCAGGGUACUAGUGGACACCUCUGCAGAAUCACAAUUGGCAUGGCCUGAGCAGAGACAUGUGCGUGGGACAAAAUCACAGCAAAAUACCUCUACUUUGCUUUGCACAGAUCCAGUGAAUCAGGACCCGUCACGCCUAAGUCUGUAGCUGCCUAACAGGACAGAGCUGAAGAGCCCAGCAAGUGUGAAGUGGCUGUUAUUGCAGCCUCCACGCUGCCAGCAAAGCCAGCCCAGCAAGGCACCUGCAGUAGACACGGCUGAGUCCUCUGGACAUUGAGGAAGAACCCACAGCAAGAGGAGGCUGUGGAAACCUGGGACACUUCUGCCUUCCUACGUGGCAGUGGCUCAGAAUUCUUUGAGUGCUGUCAAACUGACCUGAUUGCUGCUCUAUUAUUAGAUCAGUCCAUAGAAAGUGGGAGCAAUGGCGGCGACACUGCUAGAGGAUUGGUGCAAGGGGAUGGACAUGGACCCCAGAAAGGCCCUGCUGAUCGUGGGUAUCCCCGUGGACUGCAGUGAGGCGGAAAUUAUGGACACCGUGAAGGCAGGCUUGCAGCCCCUGUGCGCGUACAGGGUGGUGGGGAGAAUGUUCAGGAGGGAAGACAAUGCUAAGGCAGUCUUCAUUGAAUUGGCUGACACUGUCGAUUAUGCUACUCUGCCCAGUGAGAUAUUGGGAAGGGGGGGCUCCUGGGAGGUGGUGGUAAAGCCCCGUAACCCAGAUGACGAGUUUCUCAGUAGACUGAACUACUUCCUGAAAGAUGAGGGCCGAAGAAUGAUAGAUGUGGCCAGAGCCCUGGGAUGUGGCGGCUUACCUGCCGAGAGCCUGGAGGCAGAGGUCAUGCCCCGAGUUAGACCCCCACCUUUGGAGCCUCUGAAAGAAAGUAUGUGGUACCGGAAACUGAAAGUGUUUUCGGGAACUGCUUUCCCUAGCCCAGGCGAAGAGACCUUUGAGGUCUGGCUAGAGCAGGUCACUGAGAUCAUGCCCAUAUGGCAAGUGUCUGAAAUGGAGAAGAGGCGGCGUUUGCUGGAGAGCUUACGCGGGCCUGCUCUGUCAAUCAUGCGGGUGCUCCGGGCCAACAAUGACUCCAUAACUGUGGAGCAGUGCCUUGACGCCCUAAAGCAGAUCUUUGGGGAUAAAGAGGACAUUAGAACCUCCCAGUUUAGGUUUCUGCAGACCUUUCCGAAGGCUGGAGAGAAAAUCUCGGCUUUCCUGCUGCGCUUAGAGCCCCUGCUGCAGAAAGCCGUGCAGCACAGCCCCGUGUCAGCGCGCAGCACAGACACGAUUCGCCUGAAACAUAUCUUAGCUCGGGUCUCCCUGACUGCUGCCCUCCGGGGCAAGCUGGAGCUCCUGGAUCAGCGAGGGUGUCCUCCCACUUUUCUGGAGUUAAUGAAGCUCGUUCGAGAUGAGGAGGAGUGGGAGACCACAACGGCAGUGAUGAAGGAUAAGCAGAAGCCUUCAGGGAGAGGCCGGGGGAGACAGGCAAGAGCAGAAGUCAGUGCGUCUGCCCCUCAGGUCACUGUGCAGCCGGGGUCUUUUACGGACAGCAGCACCCAGACCAUACAGGGAGGCUUACCCCCGUUAGUGAAGCGCAGGCGGCUGUCAUGCAGUGAAAGCCCUGGGGAAGAAGACUGCGGCCAGGCCACGUGUCCCAAGGAGGAAAACCAGACUCCAGACAGGGAGGGGCCACAGGCUGAAGGAGCGGAGUCGGGAAACGAGGCAGGGGCUGGGGCCAUGAGCCAUCCCAAGCCCUGGGAAGCAUAGGCUCACAAGAUCCAGGCACUCCUUCCCCUGGCACGCAGCAGGGACAUUUUAACAAGGGGAAAGGACAGCUUACACAAAUAGGGAACUUGAUUGGGGCAGAGGGACAGGGAAGCCAGGUUGAGACCAAGUCCCCUUACUUUCUACCAAUUGGAAGGGACUUUACCAACCAAGACCAAAUAGCAUGUGGUUCAGUGGGGGCCAGGCCCAUGGCCCCUAAGAGGUAUAGGAGACACAAGCGGGGAGCCGCUACACUUAGCACAUGGGGUGCCUGGGCUUUAGAUGGGGGCCCCAACAUAGCAGAGGCUGAAGAAGGUGUGUCUGAGGGCUCUGGCCUGCUCAUCUGGCCACCCCCAAAUACCCAGCCUGUGGACUUCGAUCCCCAGGCCAUGUGGGACCUUGAGGAGCCUGCCUGGGGCCUGCCCCUGCCGGGAGCCAGGGCUGGUGAGGAAGAGCUGUGGGGCAGAGAGGUAAAGCCCCGCAGGGGAGGCCGCAGGGUUCAGCCCGUCUACAGGAUCAUCUACACUGCACUAGGGGAGCCCCAGGAAGGCAGCACCCAUGAGCCCCUGCGUCAGUGAGGAGGAGAAAGAGGAGGAGAAUCAGAAGGAGGUGGAGGAGGAUAAGGAGGAACAGGAGGAGGAGAAGGGAGGACUUGGGGUUUUGUAGUUUUUGGCUUGCAUCAUCACUGGACCCGGUUUCUGCUCACUGCUGUUCUGUGUCAUGAACUCCACCUCUUCUUUACUGGCAUAGAUCUCAGUCAGGUACUGCUGGUUCUCUUGGGGGUGUGUGUGUUCUUAUCUGAGCAGCUCCUUUCCAGCGUACCCCAGCGCAGUUCCAGGAGACAGUGGGAAGGAGGCAUGGCAGAUGCUCACCUUGUAACUGUGACCUCGACUGCCGGAGGAUGAAGUGGACCUGGGACGGAGCAGGGCUGCCUGAGGCUCCCAGGGAAACUUUGUGCUUUGGCGUUCCACCCCUGUUGUUAUUUGUGACUCAGUUUCCUCAACUUGGAGUGGUGUUCCCUGCUGUGUUUUCCAGCAUCCUGUGACUGUCCUGUGCAAACCGUAGGGCAGGGCCCCGCCCAGGUGGGUGGGCUCAGGAGGGGGUGACCUGAAGCGAGUAGACCUAGCCAGAGUCUACCACCCUUGGAAGGAGGGAUGUGCCAGGGGGCGCACAUUGAGGAAGGUGGCCUGAGACUUGGGACCUGUGGCAACUGUUUGCAGUUUCUCUCUGUGUUAAGAUUCCCUUCUCUUCUGCGGUUUCCUUACAUGUUUCUGUUCAAUAAAUUUCCGUCAGUGUUCA